AGAACUUUCUGCACUGGACAAUUGAUCAAAACGAAGGAGAUAAGUGGAAGAUCGAGGAUCUGCCUGGAGCUCACGGAACAGACCUGCCAGAUCCCGACGUACACAAAUACUUUGUCACUUCAUACGGGCCAUGCCUCAAGUCUCAGCUCAUCACCCUGCAGAAAGAAGGAUACUGGAACGAGCUGAUGGACGAGAAACGGCCGGAAAUUGUCGUCAAGGACUGGUACGCCGCCAGAUUCGACUGUGGGUGUCGCUACGAGCUGACGGUGCAGCUGCUCUCUGAAGACUACCUUGUCCUCGAGGAGUUCCACCCCGAGCCCGUGGUGAUAGAGCAGUGGAGCGAUGCAGUGUGGAGAGAGGUUUCUCACACCUUCCAGAAUUACCCACCUGGAGUUCGUCACAUUCGUUUCCAGCACGGAGGCCAAGACACCCAGUUCUGGGCAGGAUGGUACGGGGUCCGGGUGACAAACAGCAGCAUCACCAUCGGCCCCGCGACAUCGACGUGA